CUGGCUUGGGUUCUCGACACUUCUACAGAUACACAACGGCCAUGGCCACUCACUCCAUUCUGCCUUAUCUAUUCUCUUUCAUUUUCGUCCUCAACUUCUCAAGCUCCGGCUUCUCUUUUCCUUCAUCCGCCGUCGGUGUCUUCCCGCCGACGUGCAAACGCAUCGAGUGCCCGGCCUUCGAUGUAAUAGACAAAGGCGAUGGAUACGAGAUCCGUCGGUAUAACUCGACACCAUGGAUAUCGACGUCGGAGAUCAAUGAAAUCUCUUUUGUUGGAGCUACACGGGAUGGAUUUCUGCAGCUAUUCAACUACAUUCAAGGAAACAACGAGUACAGUGUUAAGAUAGAGAUGACAGGUCCCGUCAUCACCCAGAUCUUACCUAGCGAUGGGCCUUUCUGCACUUCAUCAUUCGUUGUGAGCUUUUAUGUGCCAAAAGAGAACCAGGCUGACCCUCCUCCUGCAAAGGGCCUUCAUCUGCAGAAAUGGGAUGUUAAAUACGCAGCAGUGCGUCAAUUUACAGGAUUUGUUUCAGAUUCUGAUUUAGGCGUGGAAGCUGCAGCUCUCUACUCCAGCAUUGCAGGUUCUCGCUGGGCAUCUGCCAUUGAUAAAAGCAGGAAAGCUUAUUCCACUUCACCUUACACUGUUGCUCAGUACAAUUCUCCAUUUGAGUACACAGAUAGAGUGAAUGAGAUAUGGAUUUUGUUUGAUGAGGAAGAUAGCAGCAGCAGCUAGAUAGAGCCAGAGGGAAUAAGUAGAAGCUCCUCUCUAGCAGAGGGAGUAAGCUAGUAUUGAGCAAAUAAAGUGUCCUUAGAGCAGUUCACCAAGUAAACUUCUGUAAUAAAUAUGCUGUAUUAAUUGGAGUAUGUUUCAUUUCCUGAGCACAGCAUAUGGUAAUUUGAGUCUAUCAUAUACUUUCUCAUAAUGUAGCGCUCUCUUUAAUAUUUAGGCUGCGUUUGGGACAA